AUGGAGGAAGUCAAACAACGAUCACCGAGUGUGAACGACGAGAUUGUCAACAAUAAUGCCGCCAGUGACGACGUUGUAACACCAGUUGGAGUACGAUUAUAUCUCGUGAUAAUAUCUCUAUUACUUACUCUUUUUCUAUCUGCUAUAAAUGUCACCGUCGUCGCGACCGCUUUACCGACCAUCGCUGCGCAUCUCAAUGCCAGCACAUCCGAGUAUACAUGGAUAGGCAGCGCCUAUACCCUAGCCAGCACGGCAUCAACACCGCUGUGGGCUAGAUUAUCUGAUAUAUGUGGUCGCAAAGAAAUUCUAAUGGUAACAAAUGUGACUUUUCUGAUAGGAAGUCUAAUAUGUGCAUUGAGUGUCUCGCCCGGGAUGCUCAUAGGAGGUCGAGUUGCGCAAGGCCUGGGCAGUGGUGGUAUAUCGGUAGUUGUGACUAUAGUCAUUGGUGAUUUGUUUCCGCUGAGAGAAAGGGCAAAAUAUUAUGCUUUGACUGGUAUUGUAUGGGCGAUAUCCAGUGGUGUUGGACCAAUGCUGGGAGGUGUGUUUACCCAGACAAUAGGUUGGAGAUGGUGCUUCUACAUAAACCUUCCAUUUGAUGGAAUCUCUCUAGCCUUCCUCUUCCUCGCCCUCAAUCUCCCAACCAAGAAACAGAAACAACCACGGCAAACCCUUUUUUUCUCAUUCGACUGGAUCGGAUCCAUUCUCAUCGUCGGCGGCACAAUAUGUUUUCUCUACGGACUAGAAGUCGGUGCUAGUAAACAGCAUCCAUGGGGCUCUGCGUAUACUCUCGGCCUACUCAUCGCUGGAAUUGUCGUCCUCGUCAUCUUCGGGUUAUACGAAACAUUCUAUGCAAACAAUCCAAACGUUCCAAUCCGAGUCCUCAAAGAUAGGUCUAUACUAGCAUGUCUCUCCACAGCAUUUUUUCACAGUUUCAUAUUCAUCGCCUACGACUACUUCAAUCCCCUGUAUUUCCAAACCGUUCUGGGCGUUAGUCCGAUUCAGUCUGGACUUUACACUCUUGCCUGUGUGUUACCACUGUCCGCAAUGACUCUCGCCAGCGGUCUAGUCGUCAAGCGUACCGGAGCAUAUCGGCCGGUGAUCUGGAUUGGGGGCACUAUCAUGGUCUUGGGAACGGGUCUAUUCAUUGAUUUCGGUCCAAAUCGUGUGGUAGCAAAGAUAGUUGUGUAUCAGUUAAUUGCAGGGCUUGGGGCUGGGCCACUGUUUCAAGCGCCCAUGAUCGCUUUCCAAAGCCAGCUUAUAGGCAAGGAAAAUCUCCUUGCAGCGGCUAUUGCUGCUUAUACGUUUCUGAGGAAUUUGUCCACGGCACUGUCGCUCGUUGUUGGUGGAGUUAUAUUGCAGCAUGGGUUGAGCAGCGACGAAGCAUCGUAUCUCAAUAACGGUUCAAGCUUGAGUGCCAGUGGGAGCUCUGAGGAAGGGGGAAUCGGAGAUGGUAUUGUUGAUGGACUGAAAACUAUGUGGAUUUUUUAUACUGUUGUUGGAGGGGUGAUGUUGAUCUCGUCUCUUAGAAUUGGGAGGAAGGAUCUUGAUCAUGACUCGGAUCAGUAG